AUGCUUGCAGUUGGAGCUGCUCCUGCUGUUGAUAGUGUUGAGAAUACGAGCUCUCCAGACUCUGCCCAGGUCGAUGGACACCUUUUUGUCUGCACAGACAAUAAUUUCACAGGAAUAUGUGCAAACGUCGCAUUCAACGUCGACGAAUGCAUAAACUUUGUGUCCCCGUUCCAAGACACGAUCUCAAGCUUCGGGCCUGACUCCGGGUUUAUUUGUAUUACUUACACUGACAAUAACUGUCAAGGACUGACCUACACGGCAGUCAAUCCAGGCUUUUCGAGCUUGCCUUCGGGCAUCAAUGACGCUAUAUCUUCUUUCCAAUGCUUCCACAACUAA